ACUGUGUGUGCCUUCCUGUCCAAUGUUGGGUUUUUGUCGCGUCGGAUGUAAUGUGCUUGAUUGAUUGAAUCAACCGUACCCCCAAACAAGUGGUGUCAACCCGUCCGGUCAUCGCCGUGUGUCCGUGUGCCGGAAAGUGUCGUUCGUCUCUCGACUGCUCAAUGAUCAAAUACCGUUCAGCAAAACAGUGCGCGUGGUGAUUGAAAGUUUGGAAGCAAAAAGUCGAAGAAAGAAAAGGUGCAGUGCGUGUGCGGUCACAGCAUUUUGGCAGGCAAAAAAUCCGGAAGAACUGAGCACAGAUUCAAAGCGCCCCGUUCUUCGAAACAGAGCGGAAAGUGUGCCAAUAGCGGCGGCAACAAAAAUACCAUUCCAAGUGGAUGUGAUUAUCGAUUGAUUAAAACAAAAAAAAAAACGUCACACGUGUCGGCAGGCGAGAGUCUAUUUUUGUCCGAUCAGCAAACCGGGCAGCAACGCGUGUGGGAAGUAUUCCGUUCGUUCAGCAGCAGAGAGUGAGAGAGAGCGCCCAGAAGAAAAUCAAUCAAAAAACCCGAACCGUCCGAUUGGGGCGAGAAAUACAGCGCAAGCAUCCGAGUUUGGCAAGGCCUGCUACAACCCGCCCGGCUUGUGUAAACCAGUGACAUCCGGUGACCCAAAGGCAACUUAGAUCGUUCUAAGUGUGCAAAUACACACACACACGGUAGUUUGUGCCGCCGCGGCAGCAGUAGACCGUGCGUGCAGUGUGUGCAGUCUGUCGUGACGGAAAGGCAAAGUGCCGUUCCAGCACAGCUUCGAUCGACGUCGAAAGUCUCCAACAACAAAACCGCCUUCAUGUAUAAGUUCUUCGUGAAUUCCAGUGUGAAGUACAUAAUCAAGUAGAAUCGCGCUACAGCCCCUAUUGCGUCCAGCGCUAAGUCCGAGUGCGUGCGUGCGUGUGUGUGUGUGUAUAUGUGUGUUCAAGUUAAAUUAGUGUGCGUGCGUGUGUGUGAGUGAUAGAAAAGCAAAAUCAAUUCACCAGUGUCGUGCGGAAAUCUGUCCACGUGCAAAGGGGUGAAAAGCGUUCACCGUUGCGUCGUGCACAUAGGGCCGUGUUGAUUGCGGUUUAUCUAAAAUUUUCUGUCCGGACAGCAUCGGGGCGACAACGCGCGUGUCGCCUGCCCGUGUAGUGCCAACGUUUCUGUUUUCCAUUCCGACGGUACCUUCAACAACGGAUUUCAUGUGUAAAGCGGCAGCGACCGGGAAGAAUACGCUCCUGCUCGAUAACAACAAACGCGUCCGUUCGUUUUUCCGCAAGCCACGCUACACGCACUUCUGCUCCGUUUGGUACAUCAUAGAGGGACGGUCCGGCACGAGGAAAACACCGCACGAUCCGUUUGCCCGUAUCGCCCGAACAUCCGCGACAUCCCGGCGGACGCCUCUGCAGCAUCGGUGGAAACGCGUAGAAACUAUCCCGUAAAGCGCCCGAUCCUCGACCUGCUGUGUUCCGGCGACAUUCGUGCGGUGUGUACGAAGUUAGUAGUAGCAGCAGCAGCAGCAGCAGCAGCAAGUGCAUCGUACCACUUCGAGAGAGACUCACUGAGAUUCGCAUCAAGAGACGCAUUAGCCAGCAGUACCGUGCAGAGUGCCACAUUACCGUGAUCAUCCGGUAGAAUUCCCCAAUUUUGCUGGAUCGCGUGUGAUCUCGUACAUCGACGGUGUAUGCACACCACACAGUGUGUGGCCACAUUUCGGUGUGCUCAGCUGUACGGCUGAGUAAGUGCUGCUAGUGUCAUAGUGUGCGUGUUUUUCCAGAGGUGUUUUUUUGCCGCCCCCAAUAAAUCAACAAAUUUCCGCGAACAAACAGCUAUUGCUUCUCGCCCCCCUCCCCGUCCCGUUUUGUUGGUGGAAAACGAGAUCGCGAUCGUGUGGUGCAAACGUGGAAAUAAAAGCAGAUCUCGUGUUUCCGGCACCAUUGUUAACGGCAGCGGAGAACUCCAGCAGGGAGCAAACACCAACGCAGCAAUGGAAGCGUACUGGGAAGCAACGAACGGUCAUGCACCACAUUCUUUGAAGUAUGAAAGUGAGGCUGGUGGACCUGGAUAUACGUACUGCGGUGAGCCGGGGCUGAACUUUUCCGCCAACAACACCACCUACAGCGAAGAUGAUGCAGAUUUUCCACCGGGCCGGCGGGGCAAAACGUCUCGGCAAGAUCCCCUGUCACACCGGAUCAUUGAAAAGCGGCGCCGUGAUCGUAUGAACUCCUGCCUGGCAGACCUUUCGCGACUCAUACCGCAGCAGUACAUGCGCAAAGGUCGGGGUCGCGUGGAAAAGACGGAAAUUAUUGAGAUGGCCAUACGGCAUCUGAAAAAUCUGCAAAACCAGGAGUGUGGCCGGGAAACGUCAUGCGCGGAACAGUACCGUCUCGGCUACAACGAAUGUUUGACCGAGGCGGCCAAGUUUAUGAUGCGUGAGCGUGGGGAAGAGAUGUGCUUCCGUAUGGUGGCACACCUCAAGGAACAUUGCAAUGAGAUUAUGAAAGGUGAGCUGACAAAGUCACGCUGCGGUGCCGAGCUGGCGAACGGUGGUAGUCCCAUCUAUCUGGCUAGUGGACAGUUGGGACAUUUGCGGGAAAUGUUGACCUGUCCGUCGGAUCUCGAACACAGCAGCAACGACCAUCACGACGUGAAGGAUCUUAGCUUCCGCAGCGCAACGAGCACAAGCAGCAGCAGUCACAGCAACAAUCCACCGCAGGCCGCCGUCAUCACGUCGACCGCACCGAGCAUCGUGCAGCAUCUGGACACGUCGAGUAGUCACUCGACGCAGGACUACGAUGCACCGUCACCUCCGGCACGCAUGUCCGGCAGUCUGCAGCAGGACACGAACAACAACAUCAACCAGCACGAGGGUGUGCUGCGUACGAUCCGUAUGCGGAAGUUUUCCGAGCACGCGUCGCCCGAACAUGAGCAUAGUCACAAUAGCUACAAGUUCAAAAACUACAUCCAGCAGCGGUUCUCCCAGGACACGCACGAAAACGGACACGCGACCGAUUACGAUCGCAGUCCCGUAUCGCUGCACGAAGAUCAGCAUCUGCACCAACAUCCACACUCGCUGCGAGCCUCACCACUGACCAACGGUAGCAGUGGUAGCGUUUCGGGCGCUGAUUCCAAGUCCUCCAGCACGAGCACCCUGACCGGGAAGUCGUCGACGGUGGCAUCGUCCUCGGAUGAGCCACUAUCACUGAAGCGAAAGAUGCCGAAUGGUACUGGCGGCAAUGGGGGGGAAUCACCGGCCGCUGGUGGAAUGGAAAAUGGCAUACUUCACCAUCAUCAGCAGCAGAACUCGUCGGAGUGUGCACCGGUGGAGAAAAAACUAGCCCUCGCCAAGAACGGACAUACGAUGGUAGCAUCCUCCUCCGUUACGCCACUACCGGCGUCCGAGAUAAAGCACGAACUGCUGGCGUCAAUCGGGGGCAGCGGUGCGGUGGUAACACUCGGACCAAACCCAACUCCAGCGUUCGCCCACCAACAUCACCAUCAUCAGCAGCAGCAACAGCAGCAACAUCAUCACCACAGUUCCUACCAUCCGGUGCCGAUCUUUGCCUGCCACACGCAGGGUUUCUAUAUUCCGCUGAACGUAGAUUACGAAACGCUGCUGCCAUACCUGAACGGGGUCGAUCUGCUCAGCAAAAGCUUCCUGCAGAUGCCACCACUGCACCCGAUCAGCAUCAGCGUGAACUACAGCCCGGCCACGCUGUCCGGCGGUGGCAGCAGCCUGUUGCUGAAAGCAUCCGCCGUGAAUGGUCUCAAUUCGCAAACAAAGGCCAAGCUGGUCGAAGGCAUCAUUAAUGGGUGUUAGGGGCAGGAUGUAGUAGUAGCCGAUACGGACGCCGACCACAUCGCGAACAGUUGAACGUGUGGAUCAACGUCGAAUGUUAUCCCAAGCGUCCGGCAAUCCACACUCCACGCCGCAGACUGAGACAUUGAGAGUGCAUUUUCCUGUUCGUGGACAUUUAGGUAGCCGUGUUGUCGAUGACGACCGUAAGGUGUGUUUUGGUGUAGCUGUACUAGAAUAAUAAAUGUUGAUCGUACACCUGCAAGUGAAACGAGGAUGAUUGUACGAUGGAGACCGAUGAAGGUUAGGCGAAAUAGGCGCCACUUUGAUAGGGACUUGUGUAUCAAACUGAACGCUCCCACAACCCGCAGAAGUGGCGCAGUUUGGCGUGUAGCUAGUACACUCAUAUUUAAACUCAGGUAAACAAGUCUCCCUCUCUUUUCUUGUGCUGGAGUACGUACGUACAAUUUGAUGUUUAGUAGAUGGAUAUGUAACUGUGUCCCUGUAUGUCCACGUCCUAUAAGUGUCUACUGGAUUGGAACCGAUUGAGGAAUGAGCGUGAGGCGAUUGCCAAGCAAAACGCUUCAUAAUCCGUACAGCUAAGCUAUAGUCCGCUUUGUAACGAGAAAUAGAAGAAUACACUCACAACAGCUCGUGUCUUGAUCCAAACCGAUUCCCAUUAACUUUACAACAACGAUAAAGAUUCGUACGUGCGUUUACUUAUGAUGUAGUCAGCGUAAUGGUCCGUGGUUCAGAUUAGUGUGAGGCAAUGAUUGAGUUAGGCAGGAUGGAUGGUUUUUUUGUUGUUGUUUUUAAUUUCCAAUACCAUCAUCACUACAAACAAGACCACCAUCAACAACAAACACCAGCACCGCCCAGUCCUUUACAUGUUUUGAAGCGCUCUGCAUGGGGCAAGCAUGAUUUUGUAACGUCUAAAGCACACUUUAUUAGUUUCUUCUACCGUUUAAAACGCUCCAUAAACUUUCUUAACCGAGGACAAUUAAUCUGUGAUACUGUGUGGGGGAAAAAAAAGAUAGGAAAUUGUGAAGGAAAAACUCCAAACCGAAGUGUGCAAACGAAGAAGGAAAUCUGUGCCGUUUUGCUGCAACAAAAAAAAAACCAUUACAUAGUCCGAAUUGUAAAUAGGAAGCAAGUGCAAGGAAAA